AUGCCCAGGCCACCGGCCACGCACCGUUAUCCUCCCUUCUGCUACACGGCAGCCAAGUUGAACAACACAGGAACUGGCACACCAGAGUUUCGCCUGCUGGAACUCCUGCCAUCUGCCGCAGGACAUGAGCUCUGCUGUCGCAUCUUCGUCGCCGAAACCGGGCAGUCGUCACAGCGAUACAACGCACUUUCAUAUACUUGGGGCCUUGGACCCAAAGAUCACUCGAUCCUCGUCGUCGCUUCUAACAGCAACCAGGGCAAUGCUCGCAAACCCAAGGCCUUGGCCAUCACCGAAUCCCUGCAAACCGCCCUGUUCCAUUUUCGUCAUCCUCGGAAGCCCGUCCGGUUAUGGAUCGACCAGAUUUGCAUCAACCAAGAAGACUACGCUGAAAAGGCCGCUCAGGUGAGCCUGAUGGGCUCCAUCUACCGGAACGCCCAGCAGGUGCUUGUGUGGCUCGGGCCAGCCGCGGAGCGCUCUGACUUGUUGAUGGACGCCUGGCAGAGUAUUGGCCAGGCCGCGCGGGACUGGGGCAUCGAGGGCUACUACUCGCACGAGAAAUGGCACCUCCUACACCAAAUCGUGAACAACCCCCAGCCAUCCGACCCGGGGACCGUCUCGUUCCAAGCCCUCAUGCGGACAGCGGCCAAAACGUUCGCCCCGCUCAUUCACGCGCGGGCGCUCACGCACUGGUUCAGACGGCCGUGGUUCAGCCGGGCCUGGAUAGUCCAAGAAUUCUGCCUCUGCCCGGACACCGUCUUCGUCUGCGGCACCAAGACGCUCCCCGCCGAACUGGUCAUGCUGGCCAUACAAAUCCUCCAGUACGCCAUCGCCAAACGGGAUCUUCUUGACCUUCUCCGGGGCGGCGCCGCCAAUGAUCUCCCGUGGUCCGCACUAGACGACAUCGUCAACGAGCCCACCGCCCGCCUCUUCAGCUGCCGCCAGCGCCGCCGCAAGUUCGACCGCGGCCUGCCCGAUGCAACAGGCGACCAACUACACGCCCUUCUCCGUAAGCUCUACGUCGAGCACAACACCCAGGCCACCCUCCCCCGCGACCGUGUUUUCUCCAUGCUGGACCUGGCUGUUGACGGGGACCACCUGGGCCUCAGACCCGAUUACACAGACCAGUCCCUGCCCGAGGCCGAGGCCCGGAUGCUGACGCGUGCUGCCCGCGCCAUGAUCACCAACCCCGCGUCAGGGAAGGUCAAUAUCCUCUGCUUCUCGCAGUUUCCCAAGUCCCCUGGAGACCCCGCGCUCGCGGCGCAUCUCCCCUCGUGGGUGCCCGACUGGCGGGGGGGUUUGAAGCCGUCGUUUUACACCGUCAACGAGGUCGUCGAUGUGCACUUGUUUGCGGCCUGCGGCAGUGAACUCCAUCUUGCACCACCGUGCGCCUGCCCGACAGAUGAGGAAUCCGUGUUAGGCCUGGGAGGCUACCUCGUCGACACGAUCGCGGCCGUCGCCGACGGCGGCGCGUGGGACGAUAUGGGGUGGGAGGGCCCGACGGCCGCGGCACGAUUUCUGGGGUUCCUGCGGCAGGUCGACGCGCUGUUCCAGCGGGCCAUGGCACAAGAUGAUGGGUUGCCUCGGCUGUACGGGAGCCAGGAACGCAGAGCCGAGGCGCGGUGGCGGGUUCCGAUUGGGGACUUAUACUGGACAAAAGCCGAGGGUAUGCACCGCGCGCCGGCUGAGGCGGUGGUGUACCACGGGCAGGUGCUGGAGUUUUUGGAGUUCUUUGUCGAGUGUGCUGGCCUGAGUAGCAGCGAGGAGCAGGAUAGGUGGGCUGAGGCGUGGGAUCUCCACGGCAGACUGGAUAGAGGGGAGGUCGGGGAUUAUUACCGGGAAACCAUGAAGGUUUUCGUGGGAAAGCGGCCGUUUGUGACGACCGAGGGAUAUCUGGGCAUGGGUCCCGCGGACGCGGCAGCCGGGGAUGUUGUUGUGGUGUUCUGUGGCGGGCGGAUUCCGUUUGUGCUGAGGCCGCUCUGCAUGGAGAGGCGGGAGAAGAGGUUGUUCAAGUAUAUGGGUGAGGCGUACUGUGAUGGGGUUAUGGAUGGGAAAGCCGUCGAGUUAGGGGAGUUCAGCGCGUUCUUCCUCGUUUGA